AUGGGCGAGCGUUGUGGUGCGGUGCUGCGGGUGCUGGUGCUGCAGGCGGCCUGGGCGCUGGCGGGCGGGCAGGUGCGGUACUCGGUGCCGGAGGAAGCCAAGGCCGGCACGGUGGUGGGCCGUCUGGCGCAGGACCUGGGGCUGGAGGCGGGCGAGGCGGAGGCGCGGCGGCUGCGGCUGGUGGCGCAGGGCCGGCGGGCGAGCGUGGAGGUGAGCGGGGCGAGCGGCGCGCUGCUGGUGAGCUCGCGGCUCGACCGGGAGGAGCUGUGCGGCAAGAGCGCGCCGUGCGCGCUGCGCCUGGAGGUGCUGCUGGAGCGGCCGCUGCGCGUCUUCCAUGUGCAGCUGGAGGUCACCGACAUCAACGACAAUGCCCCCGUCUUCCCCGCCGCCCGAAAAAACCUCAGCUUAUCAGAGAAUUCGCCUCCUGGGUCUCGUUUCCCGCUGGAGGGCGCGUCGGAUGCGGAUAUCGGAGAGAAUGCGCAGCUCUCCUACACGCUCAGCCCCAGCGACCAUUUUGGUUUAGAUGUGAAAUCUAAAGACGAAAAUAAAAUCUCCGUACUUCUGGUACUCAGGAAACCUCUGGACCGGGAGACGAUUUCCGUGCAUCGGUUGGUGCUGACGGCGAGUGACGGGGGCCGGCCGUCUCUGACAGGGACAAUGGAGCUGCUGAUCUCGGUGCUGGAUGCGAACGACAACGCACCCCAGUUCAACCAGUCGGUGUACAAAGUUCAGCUACCUGAAAAUACUGCUCCCGGUACAGUGUUUUUCCAGCUAACAGCGACAGACGAAGAUGAGGGAAUUAAUCGCGAAAUCUAUUAUUCUUUUAAUGACGCGAUUUCCGGCAAAAUUAAUGACGUUUUCAAAAUAGACGAAAAUUCGGGGGAAAUAGAGACUGUCGGGGAACUGGAUUUCGAGGAUAUUCGAUCAUAUGACCUGGAUAUCGAAGUGAGAGAUAAAGGGACGCCUCCUCUUUCGGGGCAUUGCAGCAUUGAGCUGGAGGUGCUGGACGUGAACGACAACGCGCCGGAGGUGUGGGUGACGUCGCUGUCGGUGCCGGUGUCGGAGGACGCGUCGGUGGGGACGGUGGUGGCCCUGCUGAGCGUGUCGGACCGAGACUCGGGGGCGAACGGGCGCGUGCGGUGCUGGGUGUGGCCGGCGUCGCCGUUCGGUCUGGAGGCGACGUUCGCGGGCUCGUACUCGCUGGUGCUGCGCGAGGCGCUGGACCGGGAGCGGGUGUCGGAGUACGAGGUGGAGGUGCGUGCGGAGGACGGCGGGGCGCCGGCGCUGCGCGCCAGCCGCGGGCUGCGGGUGCCGGUGUCGGACGUGAACGACAACGCGCCCGCGUUCUCGCAGGCCGUGUACACGGUGCUGGCGCGGGAGAACAACGCGGCGGGCGCGGAGCUGGCGCGGCUGUGGGCGCGGGACCCGGACGAGGCGGGCAACGGGCGCGUGAGCUACUCGGUGUGGGAGGGCGGCGUGGGCGGCGGGGCCGCGGCUCCGUCGUGGUCGUCGGGGGCCGUGGGCGGCGGGUGGCGUGCGGCGUCGAGCUACGUGUCGGUGGACGCGGAGAGCGGGCGGCUGUGGGCGCUGCAGCCCUUGGACUACGAGGAGCUGCAGGUGCUGCAGUUCGAGGUGCGCGCGGUGGACGCGGGGGAGCCGCCGCUGUGCGGCAACGCCACGGUGCAGCUCUUCGUGCUGGACGAGAACGACAACGCGCCGGCGCUGCUGCUGCCGCCCGCGGGCUCGGCGGCGGAGGCGGGCGCCGUGGCGGCCGAGGCGUCCUCGGGGCCGGGCUCGGGCUCGGGCUCGGGGCCGGGCUCGGGCUCGGGCUCGGGCUCGGGCACGCUGUGGGCGUGGGCGGCGUGGGGGGCGCCGGCGGGCCAGGUGGUGGCGAAGAUCCGCGCCGUGGACGCCGACUCGGGCUACAACGCGUGGCUGCGCUACGAGCUGUGGGAGCCGCGGGGCAAGGGCCCGUUCCGCGUGGGGCUCUACAGCGGCGAGGUGAGCACGGCGCGGCCGCUGGACGAGGCGGACGGCCCUCGCCAGAGGCUGCUGAUCGUCGUGCGCGACCACGGCGAGCCGGCGCGCUCGGCCACGGCCACGCUCAGCGUGUCGCUGCUCGAGGCGGCCGAGGCGGCGCUGGCCGCGGGCCCGGGAUCGUCGCUCUCCUCCUCCUCGUCCUCGUCGUCCUGGUCGGCGUCGGGGUCGCGGUCGGCGUCGGGCGUGGAGCUCGGCGCCGGCGCGGCCAGCGCGGCGACCAACGUGUGGCUGGUGGUGGCGAUCUGCGCCGUGUCCAGCCUGUUCCUGCUGGCCCUGGUGCUGUACGGGGCGUCGCGCUGGGCGCCGCGGGCGGCCGUGCUCUCGGGGCCCGGGCCCACGACGCUGGUGUGCGCCAGCGAAGUGGGCAGCUGGUCGUACUCGCAGCGCCACAGCCGCAGCCUGUGCGUGGCGGACGGCGCGGCCAAGAGCGACCUCAUGGUUUUCAGCCCCAAUUUCCCUCCGCCGCCGCCCGGCGCCGCGGCCAAGGACACGCAGCCGGAGCCCUCCGCUCUCCUCGACACGGUCAGUGCUGCUUCCUCUGCUCAUGUCUACUUGUUUUUUUCCUCUUCUGCCCCUUCUGUUAUGUUCCCUGAGCAGUCUCUGAUGGCUUCCAAUCCGAAUUGCCGAUUCCAGAGGGCGGUGUGUUCCUUAACAAAUGAUUAUUUAAGUCACGAGCACCGUUCCCCCUGCCGCUAUGUCCUUGCACGAGCUCCAGAACUCCUGCUGGUGGGCGGGGAAUACUUGGGAGAAAUAAAGAGUGAUGACCUUGUUGGUAUCACCUGUGGUUUUCUUCUCUGUCCUCAUCCUGUGUCGUUUUCCUCAGCUAGAGUUGUGGGGACAACUGACGAUUCCGACUUGUGCUUUAAUUUCCGAGAGUCUGAUGUUGGAGGCGUUCUGGAUCUUGAGAUGCCAUGUGGUAUUGAAAUGGCCAGAGUCCUUUGUGCUUAUGAAUAUCUCCCAUCAGAGACAGCUCCUUGGCUGCCUCUGGCCUGGCAUGUGGAAAGUGUUGGAAAAGAGUGGGAGAGGCUCAGUGGGGACUGGGACCUCUACCCCAGGUACACUGAUAGUUUUAAGGGCGAGUGUCCUUUAAAACUAAUCCCCCUGCUCGGAAAAUAUUUCUUUUCUGAAGAAGGAAGCAGUUCAGAAGAGAUAGCGAGGUUCUCGGUGUGUUGUCUAGGCAGUGAGUGCCUGCCAGAAAGGAAGAGAAGAACGUGGAACAUGCAAGCAGAGAGUGAGUCAGGAAGGACUGAGGCUCAUGAUGAGUCCUCAGGAGCUGGGGCGGCGGAGCAGCGCACGGUGUCGCUGCAGGCUCAGGAACGGCGCGUGGGCGGCUCCGCCCCGGUGCGGCGGAGAGCCCGGCUGUGA